UCGGUCGCAGUCGUCGCUUGAAAAUCGCGGGUGACCUGCGCCCGGGUAAAAUCAAUGAGAGCGUACGGCGACGAGACUGAGGGGAGUGACGGGACGAGUGCUGACGGUAGCGCGACUCCUCCACCGUGCGACGACACCAACGAGCGCGUCGUGGGUGCCGCUGCCGCCGCCGCCGCCGCUUGGUCCGGCCCGUCCGGCUUGCUACGUCGUACCCUCGGCACCGUUCUCCGCGGCGUGUACGAGCCGCUCGCACGUCAUCGGCACCGCGCGGAGUGUCAUGUAAGUGCACGUGGCGGCGAGAUGCCGUCCGGCUGCGAGGACAUGGAUCUCUGCACCGACAAGGUCCUCUCCAAGGGCAGGAUCCUGCAGGAGCUCACGAAGGCCGUCAAACUGGUCUACGCCCAAAGUCUCUAUGGUACGGUGGUCCUGGACGGUGAUUCCUGGCUGGUUUACUGGCUGGAUCGUGCGCUACGCCACGGACUUCGUGUAGAGAGACAUGGAUAUUGGGGCACAGCUAGAGAGCUUAGUCAUCAGGACACGGUUGUGGUCAUACACGCGUUGCAGAGUGUAUUAACUUCUAUAGGAAAAGGUCGAGCAUGGCUCUACCACACUCUAAGCGAAGGCAGUUUUGAGAGCUAUCUGGCCUGUUUACUGCGAGACACGAAAACAUUAAAGAAACAGUACUUUCCACACGCACUCGUGAGAGAUGCUGAUAAGACCAAUCAAUUGGUUAAUCUUCUUGCCGGUUUGGAAAACGUGUCCUUCACAUUGCAAUUGGAUGUGACAUAUCUGGACAUUUGCAACUACAUGCCACAGAGGCCUAUGAGCGUAAAUCCGUCUGGAACAGUCUUAUCGUUGCAUCUAAGAUCUUCUAGCGUUUCAUCGAGCCUAGCUUCUCCAGGCGACAGUGGCGUUGCAUUCGAUAGUGACAUGGAUAUUGCAAACGAAACUGAUGGAAGCAGUUACAAAGAGGAGGAUUAUCCAAUGGAUGAUAUUCCUAAAUAUCGGAAUAAUAGGUACAAGACGAUUAUCAACAAUCGCAUGGAGGACAAUAAGAAUUUUGGAUCUAGUGAUUCAAGCGAGGACGGUAAAACGCCGACACAAUCACCGGCGAUUACUAAAUUUCAAGCUGCUAUGAUGACAAAAAAUGAUAUAGUUAAUCAGAAUGUAACGCGAAAGCUGGAUGACAAUGAAAUAAAUUGCUCUAGUUUAGAAACUCUUAAAGACUACGAAUUCUACAACAAGAGUCUGGGUGAGACAAAAUUGGAUAAAACGAACAAAAUUGAUAAUGGCGUAAAAGAUUUCAGUAAGAGAAGCCCCUACUACAGCGACAGUCCUGCUUAUAGCUUUAAGAAGAACGUAGAUCCUCGUAAUUCUUAUCUAAUAAAUAACGAUACGAAUCUAUUAGAGCUGAGCAUGACAAUCUCUGACUGUGACAACAUGGAUGCGCCUUAUGGCAUUCUGAACACGAUCAAUAUGACCGACACCAGCAUUCUAUCUUCCUCCAGUUCAGAAGGCAUUGUACAACGUAGGCAGCGCAAAAAGAAGCGGGGCGAAAGCAAGAAGCGAGUCAGCUUUCACGAAGAUAUUCUGAAAACAAUGAAGCUGGAAGAUGACGAGAAUUUUGCCGAUUUCUCCAUGAGUUUCUUGCUGCCUAGUUCCGUUCUAAAGAGGGACGCUCAGAAAGGCAGAUACAGUUGGUGCGCGCACGGAGAUUCGCCGUAUAUGCAGAAGAACAUGAAUUCCGGCAGGAAUGUGCACUCGGACUGCUACUCGUUCUCGUCGUCAUCGUCGAGCGCCUUCGACGGCGAUGGAACCGAUAAGGAGUUGUCGAAACUGUGUAUCGACAUGCCGUGUCAGCGCAAUUGCAGGUGCAAUUGCAAUUUAUCGUUGUCGGAGCGCGGAGCGCCGGAGGGUCAAGAGGAUCCGGGCAAGAGUCUGAGGCCUAAGAUGGAAAUAGAAUUGGGAGAGAAUGAGGCCCAGGAAGCCUACAUCGUCGAAAAGGCGUACGGUAACAUCGUCGAGGAUCCACCAUCUAAGCUGGAGAUGCCGCAGUCGGUGAAUCCGAAGAAAUAUGCCAGUUCGAACGAUUGGUCGGACGCGGACAGCGUGACAUCCGAGUUGGAUGAACGCAAGAGUAAUCGACACUUGGUCUCACCGUCGAAGAAACGCAAUAUGACGGCGAUACUAACGGGUGAGAGUAGCAGUAAGCUUUUGGCGCCGCCUUUGCGUCAGGCACCGUCGAAGACGUCGUUACUGAGCAGAUUUCUAAAAUCGAUCACCGAGAGAAAGUUCGAGGUGAAGAAGAACAAGAAAUCACCGAAGACGAAUACUUUAUACAUCAAAGGAAUCAAGAUGAGCUACGAUUCUUUCAAAGAUUUUAACGAUAAUCUCGAUAAAGAGAUCCAAGAGAACGUGGCUGCCGAGAAGCAGGAAUUCAGCGGCGAGAAAGUAAGCCUAAAGCUACGUGAACUUUUCAAGAGACAUAUCUAUCGUGACAAAACGGAGGAGCUAUAUAAAGUAUACAAAGUGCGAAGUUCGUACAUGACAAAUGGCGAGAGCAAGCCGAUGAUCGCGUUAUUGACGGACAAAACGCUAUAUCUAACUAGUUCGAAAAUGGACCAUUCGUAUAGUAAUCAGUUCGUUAUUCCUUAUAAUGAACUAGAUGUUAUUAUGAUCGGCCCGAAUGCACAGAGUAUUUUAAUUUCCAACGCCGAUUGCGAAAUGCAAUAUCUAUUUUCCACUGGCAGCUCGCAAACUACCUCAGAAUUAAUCGGCCACUUAGAGAUGGCCAUGAGACGAUCGCCGACAAAACCAAAGCUUCCUGCUGUUAAAGAACUGAAUUACGAAGAUAUGCACAUUCUGAGGAAUUCAAUUCUUACUGAUACAGCCGUGCAUCCCGAUGAGAAAAUAGAACAUUACAGUCUUAUUUAUAUGGAAGACGAACAUAUUUCGCCGCCUAGUACCCCGUGUGGGCCAAUGAAAGAGGGCGAUCUCAUGUUCCGGCCACAUACUUACCAGCACUUGCAUCCGAACGCACCCACGAAUCCCUGGGAAGCCGGCUAUUUCGUUCUGAAAGGCGGAGUGGUUUAUAUGUUCACGGAUUCGAAUCAACGGCUUCCCAAGCGUGCUAUACCGUUAAAAGGCGGCUUAUGCCAAGGUUGCAGAAGGAUUCCCAAUUCUCAUCGACCACACACUUUCGAAAUACUGCUGAAGCCCAACAAGUCGUACCAAUUUGCUGCCCCGGAUGAAUACGUUGCUUCUGAAUGGUUACAGAGCUUCGUUCAGAGCGCAUCGGGUCUAUUCGAUAGUACGGAAAAGAGAGAGCCAUUACCUUGCACCCUUGUCACGACUACGAAACACUUAGUGGCGAUGAAAGAGGUCCAUCCCGGCACGCAGAGAGGCCAAACACUCUCGUGCGCUUCCAUCAAGGAUCUAGCGGCAUUUAGAGUGCCGUUGGUACAACAAUCGUGGUGUAUACUGGAAUUCGCAUGUCGGGAGGUGCACGAAAGUAGCGGUGAUUGGGUCAUAUACUUCACGAAUUAUAUUGAGCUCUGUGCUUUUAAAGAGGUCUUGGAGACAUUGUGGACAGACGCAAACUUGGGUGAGUUUCCUAUUGCAACACUUCCACCGGAGGAUAAAUUACAGCGACGUUGCUCGGAUGCCAGCAGGGACUUGGAACACGCCUGGCGGUACUUGCUGCCACCAGCUUUAGAAUAAAUGGAAACUGUACCGGUAGACAAUAUAUACACCGUCAUUUGAGAAAUUAUUUUAUCAUAUUGCCAUAAAAGAGAUUCAUAAAAUAUAACAUAAAGCAAAACUCUCGUAACAACGCAUGCGAAUAUCCAGAUAACUAUAUCUGAGAAUUCGAACACUAAUAUACGUAUGCCAAAGAUAUAAACUGCUUACAACAUAAUAUGAAUCUUAUUUGCUUCUGUUACAAAUUUAAAUGCCAUGUAUCUAUCUUACUAGAACAAUUGAUGUUAUUUUAUGGCUUAUACGUAGAAUCAUAGAUAUCCUUAUUGGGGCUGAUUUAUGGCAUAAUAUGAUAAAUUUCUAAUUUCAAGAUACAAAUAUAUGCGCAAUAUAAUCUUGUUAUAUUGCGGUGUUGAUGAGAGAUUGAUAAUUAUCUUGCAUAUAAGAUGUAAGUUGCCUCAAACGUAUAGAUAACUAUUUAAGGAAAUCGCAAAACGGUGCAUUAUCUUUCUUGUAGCGUAAACCACCAUAAUAAUCUACUAUUAAUUUAUAAUGACGCAGAGUGUAAUAUAAUGAUAAUUGAUAACUGUGAGGCAUUAUUGAUUACUAUAUGAAUGUCUAUAUAUUCACAUGUAUUGAAGAGAUGAACCAGUAUGCAUUUGAAUACGCACGAUUGAUAUUAAAGUAGAUAUUUAUCGUCCGAGAUAAUAUUAUAGAAUUCAGAAUCACUUAAAGCAGCUUUGACAAAAAAUAAUAGUACUUUAUAAAUCACUUUUUAAAUUAGGUAUAUGAUUUAACAUUCCUGCUGCUAUUUAUAAAUUAUAAAUCGAUUUUACUUUUAGUGCCACGACUUUCUACAUAUCAUCUUGUGGUAUGUCCUAAAGUCGUAAAAUUUUAGUCUUUCAAUUUUUUAAAUGUACAAGUGAAAUAUGAGCAUAAUAAUUGUAUUAUAUGCAUUACGUAUUAAUUUAAUUUAAUAUAAUAUAAUAUUAAAUUAGUUCUCAAAUAUAGGUUGUAUCAACUUAUGUUGCGUCAUACGUUGUAUUAACAUUUUUUAAUAAUUGUUAUUUUAUGUAAUAAUAGCGAAUUAAAGUUACACAAAGAUUAUACCAAAAUGAUUAUAAAUAAUUUACGCUUCGAAAAUUGGUUAUUUUAAAUACGCUUAUACAUUAUGAUAUAAAAGAUGCGAUAUAUAACUGCGAUAUAUAAGAAAAGCUGUACAUGGAAAUGAAUUUUAUUUGUGAUAUAAUAAUAACACAUAUACAUAUAUCGAUAUCGUUAACGGGAAUAAGAUAUUUGUUAUGAUCUUUUUAAGUUAUAAUUUUGUGUUACCAAAGCUACAUGAACGGAUGCAUUCCGAAUAUUCUUGUGAAUAAAUAUUUAAGUUCUGCAUUAUUUCAUGUAGCUCUGUACGUGAUUGUGAUAUGCUGUUAAGUAAUAAAUGUCAGCUGUUGUUAAGUUCAUGAGAUCCCUAUGUGAGUUUUAUGUAAAUUAAAUGAACAAGUACCGCGCGGAGAUAAAAUCGGUUUUAUAUGUUAGUGCUGUGUGAAAAGUAUGCGGAGUUAAAUUUUCUACAAGUUAGAGCCAGCAUGUUUUAAACAUUAUAUCCGUAUACCUUUCACAUACACAGAAAAUUCUGUAUCACCAUACACAACUUGCAAGUUAUGAUAAAUAGAAAAUUAAUAAAAGUAUAUAAAGAAAA